CCGAAGGGUAAGUUUCAAAAGUUGAGAAUCAAAACAAAGUCUUGUCCGCAGAAUACCUCCAGCAUUUCGGGUAAAAUCAAGUGAAAAUUAACUUUUAGUGAAAAAGAAAUCAUGGAAAGAGUUUAUCCUCCACGUCAGACAGCUAAAUUCAAGAUAAAGGAUCGCAUGAAGCAUUUCUUAGAUGCAAUUCCCAUUGAUGGUGUGGAAAAGUUCCCGGAAAAUGAUGAAGAUAUCCAGAAAUUGAUGGGAAUGGAAGGCGAUAAUACGAAAUUCAUUUCAUUAAUGGAUUCUAUAGAUUUGGGACAAAUAUCAUCAGACCACGAUAUUCCCGUGGAGACAUUUGAUCCUACGAAAACCUUCUACAAUCGCAACGUUGGUGUCAGUAUUGAGAUUCCCACGGAUGCCCUUAAGCUCCACACAAUCCAGGCAAGGCUGAAUAAGCAUCAAAAUGCCCAUUGUCGGAUUGACGAAAGGAAAUCCAAGCACUCGAAACACAGACGUCUCAAUCCGGACAAUUUGGAUGAGGAAUUAGGGAAUGAUUUGGUACCAUUCCAAGAAACUGUGAUUAGUUUGCGCUUCUAUCAACCCUUCAAGUUUGAACCGGAUAAUCCUUCUUUCCAAGUUAGCUUCUGUCAGGAAUUUCUUGUACUGGGGUCACAGAAAUUGUCUGUGUUGCGCAACAAAAUCUUCUGUUCUGCUUCCUAUGGACCCUUUCCGGAAAUCAGUGAGAAUCACCGUGGGGAAAAACCUCCACUGGACGACGAUUCAGCAUUCUUUUUCAUCACGGAUACGUUCUACAAUGAUUUUUCCCGUCCAUACUCCAAGGAUUACUCCUCACCAAUCAUCGAAUGGGCCAAGAAUAUCGAUGAUAUCGAUGAUCUCAAAUCUUCCUCAAUGGAAGACAUUAGCUUCGAGGACCUGACUGUCCGCAUAGGCUACCCACAGGUGUAUCAACACUAUGGGAACUGUGAGCAUUUGUUCGUAUUCUCAGAUGUAAGGCUACUGCAAUCAUCGGAUAUCCUCCAACGAUCGCAAUAUCCAUAUCUUAGGACUGUCUCCAACAAUCGUUGUCACAUCUGCUUCAUUUGUGGCGUAAAUCCCGUGGCAUAUCUUGUACGGAACUGCCAGAGGCAAAUAGCUGAUCCUACAUUCUAUUGCAAUAUCUGCUUUGAGACAUACCUCUACAAAGAUGGUAAGAAGAUUGGGAAUUUCAAAGCUUACCGCUUUGCAGAAUCACGUCCAUCUACAUGAAGUCCGUUUUAAAAGUAAAGUAAGCCAUGAAUAAAAUAUAUUAAGUUAGCCCUGAA